CCUUGUGACAAAAUGCCAAGUUUCACAUUUUAGAAUGUCCAAAAGCGAGGAACGAGGACUCCUCGAUCCCGGCGAGAAGACCAAAGUGCAAAUUAUAUGCUUCAACAUCUCCAAGUACCACGAAAGCACCCAGUUCUUCAUCAGCUGCGUUGCGGUGUUCAUCUUCUUCAUCCUCUAUGGCUACAUGCAAGAGCUCAUCUUCACCCUCGACGGCUUUAAGCCCUUCGGCUGGUACCUGACCCUGAUCCAAUUCGGCUACUACACACUCUUCGGAAUGCUCGAAAAGGCUGUCAAACAAGAGGGCACCCGCAGGAUGCCGAUGCCGGUUUACUUCUUCCUCGCUUUACUAACGCUAGGCACUAUUGGUCUCUCGAACUCCUCGCUGCAGUACCUCAACUAUCCGACGCAAGUCAUCUUCAAGUGCUGCAAACUAAUCCCCGUACUAAUCGGCAGCAUACUAAUACAAGGGAAACGGUAUGGACCUCUCGAUUUCGGCGCGGCAAUCUUGAUGUGUGUCGGAUUAACACUGUUCACUUUAGCCGACUCGAAGGUAUCGCCGAAUUUUAACACAAAGGGCGUGAUCAUAAUCUCUCUAGCACUCCUUUGCGACGCGAUCAUCGGUAACGUGCAGGAGAAAAAUAUGAAGCUUUACAAUGCGUCGACGACGGAAGUUGUCUUGUACUCGUACUCGAUCGGAUUUAUUUAUAUAUUUACAAUUAUGCUACUAACGGGUGAUUUGUUGGCUGGGAUACAAUUUUGUGCACAAUUCCCGAUGAAGACCUAUGGGUACGCUUUGAUAUUCUCCCUUACUGGGUAUUUGGGGAUACAAAUUGUGCUGACCCUCGUCCAAACUUGUGGAGCUUUCGUGGCGGUCACAGUUACAACGUGUCGUAAAGCAGUUACGAUUAUUAUAUCUUUCAUGCUGUUCGCAAAACCGUUUACCUUCCAAUACAUUUGGUCGGGACUGUUGGUCGUACUGGGGAUUUAUUUAAACCUGUACAGCAAAAGGCAUCCAUUUUCAUUUACAGAUUUGGAAAACAAGGUAGAGAAAUGGGUCCUAUACUUUAGGCAAAAGCCGUAUACGAGGAUCAAGGGACGCAUGAUGACUGAUGUUUAAAGAUCCUCAAAUAGAAUUUUUUUAACUGUGAUUAUCUGUAUUGUAUAGUGAAUUUGUGGAAUUAAAUUAAACUUAGCUAAG